AUGCCUGCUACUACCACCGAUACCCUCUCCCUCGUCACCACAACUGUUACCGUUGCUCCCUUAGUUCUUCUCUCGGCAGCAGACCACUAUGGACGGUCAGCAAAGGGGACUAGAAAGCGAGUGGUUGGUGUAUUGCUCGGCCAGAAUGAUGGGAAAACGGUCCGCGUGUCCAACAGUUUUGCGGUACCUUUCGAAGAAGAUGACAAGGACCCUUCAGUCUGGUUUUUAGACCACAACUUCGUCGAGUCUAUGAAUGAUAUGUUCAAGAAGAUUAACGCCCGCGAGAAACUGAUUGGAUGGUAUCACUCCGGCCCGAAGCUGAGAGCGUCGGAUCUAGAGAUCAACGAGCUGUUUAAACGAUACAACCCAAACCCUCUACUUGUCAUUAUUGACGUGCAGCCGAAGGAAGUCGGGGUGCCUACCGAUGCAUACUUUGCUGUUGAAGAGAUCAAAGAUGACGGAACAACAACGUCCAAGACUUUUGUUCAUACCCCUUCAAUAAUAGAAGCUGAAGAGGCCGAGGAAAUAGGUGUAGAGCAUCUCUUAAGAGAUAUUAGAGAUGUUGCAGUUGGCACCCUCUCCACCAGAAUAACCUCACAACUUCAGUCUCUACAAGGCCUUCAUCUUAGGCUUCGGGAUAUUGGCCAGUAUCUUGAGAAGGUACUAGACAGAGACCUCCCCGUCAACCACGCCAUCCUCGGUCAUCUCCAAGAUGUAUUCAACCUCCUGCCAAACCUCGCUACAGCCAAACCAGGCACUUCCUCCGGUGCCAAUGGCGCCGAACAGCAAAUCGAGAACACCGAGCUUGCCCGUGCCAUGAACAUCAAAACAAACGAUCAGCUUAUGUCCAUCUACAUCAGCAGUUUGAUUCGAGCCAUAACUGCGUUCCACGACUUGAUAGAAAAUAAGAUCCAGAAUCGUCAGCAGCAGGAGGAAAGAGAGGCAAAGAAGGAAGAGGGAAAGGAAGAGAAGGCCAGUGCCAGUUCAAAUAACGAGAAUAAGAAAUCGGGCUCCGCUUCAGGGACAGAUACAAAGGACGAGCCAAGUUCGAAUGAGAAGGGGAAGAAGAAAUAA